AUGGCUGGCUAUGCCUCGUCUCGAGGGUCCCCCUUGUACUCCCCCGCGUGGGUCACCUGGGCCUUCAUCCUCUUCGGUUACGAGCAAGGUGUCUUCGGCCCUAUCCUACAAAAUGAAGAUUGGUUGGAUCAAUUUGAUCAUCCUUCCGACUCCAAGACAGGGAUCAUUGUCUCAUGCUACAACCUAGGCUGUCUGAUGGGAUGCGUCUUGAACUUUCUCGUCGGCGAGAAGCUUGGGCGUCGUUGGACUAUCUGGUUUGCCAUGGUUUGGGUUGUGGUUGGAACUUGUUUGCAGACCUCAGCCUUCCAUAUCGCUCAUCUGGUCAUUGGUCGCAUCAUCACGGGUGUCGGCACUGGCCUCAAGACUUCGACGGUUCCUACAUAUCAGUCAGAGCUUUGUAAAGCAGCAUCUCGAGGCCGCCUUGUCAGUGCAGAGGUCCUAUUCAUUGGUAUCGGAAUCGUGGUUGCCUACUGGUUCAACUUCGGUAUGAGCUUCGUGGGCGGGCCCAUCGCUUGGCGUCUCCCUAUCGCUCUACAAGCCGGAAUGGCGAUAGGAGUCAUAAUUCUUGUGUUCGCCUUGCCUGAGUCCCCGAGAUGGCUGUUCUACCACCGCCGGAACGAAGAAGCAGUCGAAGUACUCUGCGCGAUUCACGACAAGACCCCCGACGAUGAGUUCAUCGUCGCCGAAAAGAGGGCUAUACUCCAGGCCUUGGAAAUGGAGUCAGAGAUUCAACGAUCCUUCUUCUCUGCCUUCAAGAACGAUGACCUGAAGACGGGAUACAGGGUCUUCCUUGCUUGGCUGAUUCAACUAAUGAACCAGAUUUGCGGAAUCAACUUGAUUGUUUAUUAUAUACCAUCCGUCUUGCGCCUCAAUGUUGGCAUGGGCGCUCAGCUAAGCCAGAUUUUAGGCGGCUGCAUUCAGAUGAUGUUUAUGUUUGGAAAUCUGCUACCUACGUUUGCCCUGGAUCGAAUGGGUCGGCGCAAGACCAUGAUCUGGGGCUGCGCUGGCUUGGGCAUUUGUAUGCUUAUGGUUGCAGCAUUACUCUCGCAGGCAGAUGGGGGCGCUACGUCUCGAGGAACGAAUUUUGCCUCCGCGUCUAUCACUUUUUUCUUUUUAUACAUGCUUAUUUAUGGAGCAACCGUCGCCUGCGUCCCUUGGGUUUACGUGCCCGAGCUGCUGCCCCUGAGCGCCCGCACUCAGGGAACCGCUAUUGGCAUUAGUAGCAACUGGCUCUGGAACUUUACCGUCGCGAUGAUAACCCCGGUUAUUAUUAAUCGACUCCAGUGGAAAGCCUACCUCAUCUUUUUCACAACCUGCAUGAUAUUUGUUCCCCUGGUCUACUUCCUUUACCCCGAAACAAGUGGCCUGAGUCUCGAGGAAAUUGACUUGAUCUUCAUGGAUGGAAGAAAUCCUGUUGUUGUUGGUUGGGAGAUGGUUCAGCUGAAAAGGGCCGGUGGAAAUAUCCCCGCCUUCCCCGAGGCCGCAAACGCAAAGGAUGUGCAGGUCGAAACCGCGGAGAGGGUCAAUUGA